ACUUCAAAUAAAAAGUACCGAGGGAUGCAUUUCAUUACUGCCCUGUGACACUGGAGAAGCCAGGGCUGCAGUGCUAAUAUUCCUCAUUUAUUUGUGUCACACACAGGAUUUAUUUGCAGGAAGAGUCCAACUCCAAAGAUUUCUCCUGUAGAGAAAAUGAAUAGCCAGUAUAUACGUCAUGAAGUUCGGGGAUGCGAAACUAGUGACCUGAGAAACUUCUGGGAAAAGACUAUUGAAGAACAAACUCGGUAUCUGCAAAUUGAAAAAGAACGUCAGCGAAGAAGUGCUCUGACAAAGCUCAGAAAUGAAUGGAUGGAGAGGCUGGAAAAACGGAUAAAGAUGUUGAGGACCCAACCUGAAGACCCAUCUAGCUGAAGAUCCCACAUUCAUUACAUGUAUCGGGGGAAAAAGAAAAUUGUUUUGUAGGAAAGCAUGAUGGUGUGAUGCAAAAGCUUUAGUCAAUUUUUCUUUGUGGCUUAAAUGAGCUAUAAUUAAUUAGCUGUCAUUGCUAGAACUUUCAUACGUGAAAUGUCUGGUUUUGCUUUUAAGAUUAUGCAUCCACCCCUUCACUUGAGAAACGGAGAUUGAAGUACUCUGUAGUCUUCAAGACUAAUAAAUCAUGGUUCACUGAGCAGUAGAUGCCUGGAAAGCAAGUUUAGUUAUACAAUUAGUGCUCAGCAAAAGUACUUCCUUGACAUUUUAGGUUUCUAUAUAGACUGAUUGUAAUCUAAUGAAGGUAUUUCCUUUCAGAAUUGUUUAAUGAAUAGUUGAGUUUGGUUAGUUCUUUUUUUUUGACACAGUAGAGCGCAAUUCAGACCAAAGAAGAAGAGACAUGCACAAACAAUGCCACCACAUCCCAGAUCACUAGUGGAGCCAAACGUGGUGCAAGUUACAAAUUCCAGCUUCCGUAUUAAAAUUCUGGGAAGCUAUUAGUAUGUAUCAUGAGAAACAGGUUUUGUGAGAAAACAGCAAGAGUUAUUUAAUUAGUUAACCCACAUUAGCUAACUUAAGAUGCUGUAUCAGCAAAGGAAAAACAAAUUUAAGUUUUGAGGCUGCUUUUUGUACUCGACCCUGCUUGUCAAGAGCUGGACUGAUAUCUUUGUCUCACAGAGCAGCGUGAUGCAUUUUCACAGCUGUCUGUCUUCAUGACUGAUGAGCACAAUUUCUCCUCUAACACUAUUUCCCUCUAAGACCCAGUAUAUAUUCAAUCAGUACCUUCAGAAACAUGGCAGGUUUCCUCUCCCCCAUUCACCAUUAGUCAAAAAUGUUUCUAGUUCCCUUCCUAGUGCUUCAUUAGUAAGUAUGGCAUUUCCUUCAACAGUAUCAAAGCAUUUGAAAAGGCUGGUGUAAUAAAAUUGCUUCCUUCCUAGGGUGACUGCUUUGUUGCCACCAGAGUGCUUUGGGUAAUGUACUGCAAAAUGGCUUAUUUUGAACAUGCUAAAAAUCUCUUCCCUCAAUUGCUUAACCUUUUAGUCUCUUUUCAUAAGACAAUUUCACCACUUCUCUGCCAAUUCAUAUUGUUUCUGAGUAAAGAAGUUUUGAAUUGCCAGUGAGGUGAGAAGAGAGUAGCAGAAGGGUUUUUAAAUACUUAAAACAUCUGUUCUUCUCAAAGCAAAACAAAAAUUUGAAAUGCUCUUUUUUCUUUCUUUAUUCGUCACCUUUUAAAUUCACUUUAUGUAUCCCAAGGUCAAACCCAAUCUAUUAUGGGAAUUUAAAUAUGUAAAUAAUGUUUGGGAAACCUGAGAAAUCCAUGAAGGCAUGAAAAAAAGAUGACCUUGGAACUCAGAAGUCAAGAUACCAGCAGGUACGUCACUGGACUUGUGAGCAGAGUUUCCCUGUCAGGUGAAAAAAAAGCUGCUCAACUCAUGUUCUUCAGUUUAGUUCUGUUCUUAAGCAUUUUUUAAAGUGACCAACUGGGAAUAUGCUGGAUAACAUUAUAAAUACAAUAUAGCUGCGCUUUAAUAAACAAUCACCAAGUAAACACACAACUUAAUAUUGGGGUUCAGCAAAAAUUAGAUUUCUUCGAAAAUACCAGUUCACACACUUCAGUUCUUCCAUCAUAUCUGUGCCUUGUGUUUAUUGAGGCUCUUCCUGAAAACCAUGGUGAAACAGCAUUGAUUUUUAUACCAUUUUACCUGAAAUUAGAGUUUGAACUGAGCUAAGGGAAAUAUGUUUCAUCCCCUUAUUCAUUGUGCAAGUGACUGCACAAGGUGUGAAACAGAAGAAAUCGGAGUUGGUGUAUUUUAAAAACGAAAGAGGCAGCCCUGGAAAAAUCUUUUCUUUGCACCUCACGUAGCUGAGAUCCUUCUUCUCCUCUUCUCAUGAAGUAAGUAAGAAUGAGGGAAAUCCAUGGAGAGCCUGGAAAAGACGUGCCAGGAAGUCACUCCCAUCUGAGUCCCUCAUUGCAUAUCUCAAAUGGUUCUGUUACUUCAGAAUGCUUUGGAAUAGGUCCCUAACAAGCUAGGAUACCCCAAAAUCAUCUCUUUAGGAUGAUGAAAAGGAACUUAUUUUUUAUAGACUGCAUCUAUUUCUGCCCAAUGCCAAUAGGAGUUCUGAAAAUAUGUAUACAGAAUUAAGCCACUUUUCAUCUGAGCUUUGCAGUUUCACAUUUAGUGUACAGACUAAUUAUUUCAGGCUCAAGUUCCACAGCAUUAGAUUCAGGACUUUGGGCCAUGUAAUCUUUAUUUAUCUAAGUGCUAGUAACAUGUUUUGACACAAAUGCCACCAUUGUUGCAGGGAUGGUCUACCAAGGAGUUUUGUAAAUUGCUACCAAAAAAGAAUACCUAUCCAGAGAAAUAAAUAUAAUCUAGAGUCAAUCAGCAAAAAUAAAGAAGUGUGAUAGCAUUAAAAUUCAAAUCUAAAUGUCAAGAAACCAUCUUAAUCAGAACCUGGAGCAGACUCUAAGAUGAAAAUGGUUCUGGCAAUUUGAAAACACAAAAAUACGAAUCUUUCAUUUACCUUGAAGGUCAUAAGAUAAAUUAAAAGCGGGAGGGGGAAGUAAACUACCAUUUCUGUGAAACUCAGAAAACAGUCAUAAUGUUAUAAAAAGCAAUAGAAAAACCUGGCUGUUAGAGUGGAAAAGUCAUCAGCUAAAAACUGAUAAAAUCAACUAGUUUUAUAAAAUCAUUAUGGUUAGAGAGGAUGCUUAGAUGCUCUAUAGACUAUUUUUAUUGAAUAUGCAGUUUCAGAGGAGUGCCGUAUUCAGUUAAACAGGUUAAACUUAAUAACUCAAAAUGUCUAUAAAAUAGCUCCUUGAAGAAACACUUUAUUUCUCUUGUUUUUUUCAAUCUAUAUUUUCAAAUUGCUUUUGCGUGCAACAGCAAAACCUUUUGGGUUAUGUCGCUCUAAAUUUAUUAGCUUUGUAAUUAAAAUGUGGUAGAUAUUUGCUUAUA